UUGACAGUUGUCAUAUUGUUUCGAAAGUUUCGGUCUUCAUAAUAUAUAUUUUAAGAAAAUUAAUAAAUAAAAAUGAUUUAUACAGAAAGGUUUUUAGUAUUGUACGGUAGUCAAACUUUCACCGCACAGGAAGUAGCUGAAAGAAUAUGGCGAACUACGAAAUUGUUGGGCUUCAAAGGUCCAGUUCAGGCUAUGGACGAUUUUUCAAUAUCGAAAUUAAUUCAUGAAGAAUUUGCUCUUUUCGUAUGCUCUACAACUGGUCAGGGAGACGAACCUGACAACAUGAAAAGAUUCUGGAAAUUUCUAUUACGAAAAAACUUGCCAUCGAAUUCUUUAGUGAAACUUAAGUUCGGAGUUAUAGGAUUGGGUGAUUCCUCCUAUGCUAAAUUCAAUUUUGUGGCAAAAAAACUUCAUAAACGACUUAUCCAACUUGGCGCUACUCCUAUACUGGAUUUAGCUCUAUGUGAUUAUCAGCAUGAUCUCGGCCAUGAUGCAGUAUUAUCUCCAUGGCUAAAGAAUUUCCUCGCUACCUUAAGAAAUUACUUUCCAAAUCUUCCAACUGACACAAUCAAAUCAUCAUUUGUCCCGCGUUGGAAAAUUUCUUUGAUCAAAACAGGAAGUCAUGAAAAUGGUGCGGCUUUCAAUGAAGAUAUAUACUUCAGAAAUGGUCUCAAAGAUCAUUUUCUUGACACAAGUUACUUUGAAGUGGAAAAAAAUAUUAGGACUACGGAUGAAACUCAUUUUCAAGAUGUAAGAUUAAUAACACUCAAAGUGUGCGAGGACAAGGUGCUUGAUUAUAAGCCUGGUGAUGUUUUUAAUAUACGGCCUCGUAAUAGUAAAGAAGACGUUGAUGAUUUGUUUGAAAUAUUUGACACUCAUAAUCUGGAUAUAAAACCUUAUUACAGACUGAAAGUAGAACAAUAUCAUGACGAUAUGCCAGUGCAAGAGUUUUUCAAAGACCCGCUCACUAUGUACGAAAUAGCGGAACAGUAUUGGGACUUAAAGGCUUAUCCGACACAAUAUGUAUUUUCACUUCUCGCACUAGUGUCUGAAGAUAAAUUAGAAAAAGAAAAAUGUUUAGAGCUCAGUUCUGCAGAAGGACAAGAAGAUUGGCUCAAUUAUAGCAGAAGACCAAAGAGGACUAUUCUAGAAGUAUUACACGAUUUCCACAAAUCAGCGUCGAAAUUAACUAUAGAUGUAUUAUUCGAAUUAUUCUGUUCAAUCAAACCGAGAUCAUUCUCUAUAGCGAGUAGUUGUUUAUCGUCAAAUGGCACCAAAUUAGAGUUACUAGUAGCUGUUGUCAAAUAUUACAGUAAAUUGAAAAGGGCGCGACUCGGCCUGGCCUCCAAUUGGCUGAAGAGUUUACAAAAUGGCGACAAAGUUUAUGGCUGGAUAAAGAAAGGAUCACUUAAAUUUCCAGAAGAUAAGGAUAUACCACAAAUUUUUGUGGCUCCCGGUACGGGUUUAGCGCCUUUCAGAAGUCUGUUGCAAGAGAAAUUAUAUGACGGGACCGCUAAUAAAGAUGUAUUGCAUCUAUUCUUUGGAUGUCGGUACAAAGAAAAGGAUUUCCAUUGUAAAGAAGAACUCGAGAAAAUGGUUGAAGAUAAGCAAUUGAGCUUAUAUACAGCAUUUUCUAGAGACCAGGAUAACAAAAUUUAUGUUCAACAUAAGAUAGCUGAAGUGUCAAAUGAGUUAUGGCAUCUUAUAAACAAUAAAGGAGCAUAUAUAUUUAUAUCUGGCAAUGCCAAAAAUAUGCCAGAUAAUGUCCGGGAUGCCUUCAUAGAUGUGUUCAACACGUGCGGUGACAUUGAUAUGGCGGAAGCCAAAGAAAUGCUCAAAGAUAUUGAGAAAAAUGGGAGACUGCAAGUUGAAACUUGGUGAAAUUAACAAAUAAAUUAUAUAUAUAUAUACACAUGUAAAUAUAUUAAGGAAAUGGCAUCAUGUGAUGGAAAUAAUGUACAAAAUAAAAUAAAUAAAUUACAUAAUAAAUCAAA